AUGUCGCUUUCCCAAACCCUUGUCCAGCUCGAGGCAUCAUUAACAGCGUUCCUCUCGGUUCUGACCAACGAUGGGGUCAAGAAGGAAUUGCAAGAGCUGUUGCACGAUGAAGAAACUUUGCCAGAUAAUGAGGUCUUAAAGCGUGCUACCUCGGUAGUGGAUAAGCUGGGGGAAAUGCAAUCAAUAUUGGAACCGGCCCACCUCAUCCUCGCGGAUCAUUUCUUUGGAUACACUGAUACCAAAUGUCUCGUUGCAGCGGUAGAUCUAGAUGUUCCUGGCCAUCUCGCCGAGAGUUCAAAGACAUUGGAGCAGUUGGCUAAGGCGACCAAUGCAACGCCACUUAGGCUCGGCCAAAUCCUUCGUCCUCUCUACACCAAGGGGGUCUUGUCCUAUGAACCUGCAACAGAGAAAUAUGUUUUGAACCAUGUAUCCAGACUAUUACUCAAGGAUCAUGUAACUCAGUGGCAUAACUGGGUGACUCUGUACGGCAAUCAAUUUUUCGAUAUCGCAAGAGGCAUCCCGGGAGCUGUUCGUGCAGGCUCUACUCGAUGCGCUGCACAGGUCAACUUCGACACUGACUUGGAUAUGUUUGCUCAUUUUGAAAGCCAAGGCUGGAUCCCGCAACUACACAAGACCCUUGGAGGGGGUGCUAAGGCCAUGGCCCCUGGAAUUCUGGCAGAUUAUCCUUGGCAUGAGAUUGGAGAUAAAACUGUCAUGGAUAUCGGAGGAGGCAGUGGAGCUCUACUGGCUUCGCUCCUACGAGCUAACCCUGGGAUGUCGGGAGCUCUAUUUGACCGGCCGGCGGUGAUAGAUCACAUCAGUCCAUUCUUCACUAAAGGUGAAGCAGUGCCCAAGUAUGAGGUUUACACAAUGAAGUGGUGCCUCCAUGACUGGGAUGAUGACAAGGUUGUUAAGAUUCUGAACAACAUUCGGGAGGCCAUCAUUGUGACCGAAUCGAGCCGCUUGGUAGUAUUGGAGUCCGUCUUGUCCGACACUCGAAGUGGAACCAUCAUGGUGAGUGGCGAAAUAGUCAAAGGAGACCUUGAUGCCGAUGGCAGGGUGAUCCUCUACAUUAUCAAAGCUGAUGCCACAUCGUACAUCAACUACAUCAAACCCAUUAUUCUCGCCGAAGAGCUAAAGGCCCCAUAUGUCCUUUCUAUCAUCGAUACCAAGGACGAAUGGUUCUACAAGAUUCAUCCAGAGCGAUACGUCCCAUCUCUUAAGGACCGCGAUCCAGAAACUGGACAAGAUGUCAUUGUUUUCGAAGGCACUGCCUGUCUCCAGUAUCUAGCGGACCGAUCGGAUAAUAAUGGAGAGUGGGCUGGAAGAACAGCAGCCGAGAAGGGAGCUGUACUUUCAUGGACGGCCUAUCAGACCGCUGGACUGGGGGCUACGGCAAAGUACUGGCUCUAUUUUCUAAAAGGGUACCCGAGCAGACAGGAGCCAGUUCAGCUUCCAAGAACAAUCGAGAAACUACAUCAGAAUACGACUAAGCAAUGGGAUAUCCUCAACAAACGCCUGACAGAACCAGGGCAGAAAUACAUUGCUCUAAAGGACCGCCCCACGUUGGCAGACUUGUCUUAUCUUCCCUUUGCCAUGCCUUGGAUGUUUAAUCUGUUUGGUGUAGACAUAAAGGAUUGGCCAGCUGUUGACGAGUGGGCUCAAAGAAUGUUGGACCGGCCAGCUUGUAAGACUUGGAUCUGUGACAUGGAUGUAGCCUUCUUAUCCAGGCUUCAUCAAGUCCGUGAUGUUGGGGCCGGGAAACCCUUUCCCUCAAACAGAUAUCGUUUCCCCGGUGGCCAAGGGGACGCAGCCAAGUUUCUCCACGGCAAAGAGAACAGUGUUAAAUGGGAGUCAGAGUAUGGACCCAUCUACCGUAUAUGGUCAGGUCCAAAUCCUGAAGUUGUUCUGACAAGACCUGAAGACGUCCAACAAGUCUUCAAGGAUUCAGAUAAACACAUCAAAGCAGUCAAUAACAACUCCGGGUAUUUACUGGGGCAGCUACUCGGAAAAUGCGUUGGUCUCGUGAGCCAGAAUGAAUGGAAACGAGUGAGAGAGGUCUCAGAAGUUGCAUUCGUACGAAGCACGGUACCGAAAUACUUGGAAACCAUCCAGAAGCGAACUGUACGCCACUUCAAGACCCUUGGAGCCGGCGAGAACUUGGCCAACGGAGUCAUCGAUCCAGCAGCAGACCUGAAGAUGCUCCCUUUUUGGAUCAUCGCUGACGUGCUCUACGGAAGUUUAUCAAAGGAAAUGGAAGACACUCUUGCCAAACUUGCACCUCUGCGCGAGGGCAUAUUUCGCAAGGUUAUGCAAGGCGACGACUUAUCCAGAUUCAAUUGGUCACGGUUCUUCCCGACCAAAACCAACAAAUCUCUUGAGUCAUUCAAAGAGCAGUGGAUUGGGUUUAAUAAGGACGCCCUUGCUCGAGCUGUCUAUGUUGGAUCUUGUCCGCCGGUUGUGGACCUCUAUAAUGCUGUGGCCACCGGGACAAUGUCCCAGGAUCAUCUCUUGCACACGCUCGAUGAGAUUCUCUUUGCCAAUCUAGAUGUUACAUUAGGGGCUAUCUCCUGGAAUCUUGUGUUUUUAGCUGCCAAUCCUGAACACCAAUGUCAUAUCCUUGAUGAAGUACGAGAAUGGAAACAAAGCCCAAAGGCAGGAGACUUCAACAACUACUUCACAGACUCAACCACCUAUCUAUCGGCAUGUAUCUCAGAAUCAUCCCGUCUACGGCCCCUCGCUGCAUUUUCUGUUCCGCAGGCAAUUCCAACAGAUCGUGUCAUUAACGGUUAUCUUUUCCCCGCUGGCACCAACUUUGUCGUCGAUGCAUAUGCUCUGAAUCAGCGAAACCAGUUCUGGGGAAGAGACGGUCUUGAAUAUCGUCCAGAGCGUCAUCUAUCUCUCAGUCCAGUCAAAUCCAGGUAUCAGUUUUGGAGGUUCGGAUUUGGGCCGCGGCAGUGCAUGGGAAAGUAUGUGGCGGAUGUUAUGUUGAGAGUAAUUCUGGUUCAUUUGGUAGAGGGUUAUGAAUUGCAACUCAGCGAUGACCAAGCCGAAGAAUGGAAGAGGGAUCCCGAUACAUGGAUAAAUCACCCAGAGAUGAAGUUGAAAUGCAUAGUCAGACAGAAAAGUUAG